CCGCUGUUCACCACGGAGGAGAGGAGAGGAAGGAGCGGAGCGCUGCAGCCAGCCCCGCCCGCUGCAGCCCGGCUCUCUCGCUCGCUGUGUCGGCUUUUCGGACUGCGAGCAGCCCCGCGGUACGGAGCCGAGAUCCAGAGAGGCGGAGGGACUGGCCAAAUCGGCCGGCGGCGGGGCCGGAGCUGGAAAAGGAUAACGGAGCAAGAGCCGGAGAAGGAGUCUGAUCCGGAGCCCUAGGCUAAGAGUCGAGCGGAGGGAGCUGUCGGCGGGCGUCCGGUGGCGGCGGCGCCGUGUCGGAGAUGUGCGCGGCGAGAGAAGUGCGCUGGGGCCGGAGGCAGCGAGCGCUGCUGUGCUGCGUGUUGGUGGCGGCGUGGGAGGCGGCGUGGGGACAGCUGCGCUACUCGGUGCCCGAGGAGCUGCCCAAGGGCUCUUUCGUGGGCGACGUGGCCAAGGACCUGGCGCUGCAGCCGGCGGCCCUCCGCGAUCGCGGCGCCCGCGUGGUGUCGGCAGAUAGGACGCAGUAUUUCACUCUGCAUGCGAACAGUGGCCACCUGGUGACGGCAGAGAGGCUAGAUAGAGAGCAGCUGUGCCGGCUGAUGGAGCAAUGUGUACUGCGCUGUGAGGUGAUCGUGGAGGGGGAGAUGAAAGUUUACAGGAUCGAAGUGGAAAUCACGGACAUUAAUGACAACGCGCCCAGCUUUGGAGAAGCCGAAAAGGAACUGAGAAUGAGCGAGACGACAGCUCCUGGGUCGCGCUUUCCCCUGGUCGAGGCUCACGACCCGGACGUGGGAAUGAAUUCCCUGCAGAGCUACGAGCUGAGCGGUGACGAGCACUUCUCGCUGUCCGUGCAGGCGGGAGCCGACGGCGAGAAGCGUCCCGAGCUGGUGCUGGCCAAGGCGCUGGACCGGGAGGAGGCGGCGUUUCACGAGCUGGUGCUGAGGGCGAGCGACGGCGGCCAGCCGGCACGGACGGGCACGGCGCGCAUCCGCGUGUCUGUGCUGGACGCCAACGACAACGCGCCCGUGUUCAGCCAGGCGGUGUACGCUGUGCGCGUGCCCGAGGACGUGCCCGUGGGCUCCACAUUGCUCACCCUCACGGCCACCGACGCCGACGAGGGACUCAAUGCCAACGUGAAAUACUCCUUUAAAGAAAUUUCCACGAAGGCUUCGAAGGUAAUUGACCUGGAUCCCGAGAGGGGAUCGAUCAAGCUGUUGAGGAGCCUGGACUUCGAGGAAGGCGACUCCUACGAAAUGGAGGUACAGGCACACGAUCACGGAGAGCUUUUCGACACAGCUACGGUCUCGAUUUCGGUGAGCGACGUGAACGACAACGCGCCCGAGAUUUCGGUGCGGUCGGCGCUGAGCGAGAUCUCGGAGGACGCGCCGCCGGGGACGGUGGUGGCCCUGCUGCACGUGCAGGACCGGGACUCGGGCGCCAACGGCGAGGUGCGAUGCUCGCUGGUCGGCGACGUGCCGUUCCGUCUGCGGAGCUCGGUGGGCAGCUACUACAGCGUGGUGACGGCGCGGGAGCUGGACCGGGAGGAGGUGUCGGAGUACAACGUGACGGUGUGGGCGUCGGACGGCGGGUCGCCGUCGCUGCGGAGCAGCGCGGUGCUGGCGCUGCGCGUGCUGGACGUGAACGACAACGCGCCGGUGUUCGCGGAGGCGCGCUACAGCGCCCGUCUGCCCGAGAACAACGCCGAGGGCGCGCUGGUGCUGACGGUGCGGGCGUGGGACGCGGACUGGGGGCAGAACGCGCGCGUGCGCUACCGGCUGGCGGAGGGGCGCGUGCGGGGUGCGCCGCUGUCGUCCUACGUGUCGGUGCAGGCGGAGACGGGCGCGCUGUACGCGCUGCGCUCGUUCGACUACGAGGAGGUGCGCGAGGUGGGGCUGUGGGUGCGGGCGGAGGACGGCGGCGCGCCGGCGCUGAGCAGCAACGUGUCGGUGCGGCUGCUGAUCGUGGACGAGAACGACAACGCGCCGCAGGUGCUGUACCCGCCGUCGUCGUCGUCGUCGGCGGCGGGCGCGGGCUGGACGGGCGUGGAGCUGGCGCCGCGCUCGGCGGAGCCCGGCGCGCUGGUGGCCAAGGUGGUGGCGGUGGACGCGGACGCGGGGCAGAACGCGUGGCUGUCCUACGAGCUGGCCAAGGCGACGGAGCCGGGGCUGUUCCGCGUGGGGCUGCACAGCGGCGAGGUGCGCACGGCGUGCUCGCCGCUGGCCCGCGACGCGCCCAGGCACAGCCUGGUGGUGGUGGUGAAGGACCAGGGCCGGCCGGCGCUGUCGGCCACGGCCACGCUGACGGUGGUGCUGGCCGAGAGCGUGGCCGAGCUGCUGUCGGAGCUGGGCAGCGCGGCGGCGCCGGCCGAGCCCGGCGGCAGCCUGACGCGCUGGCUGGUGCUGGCCGUGGCGGCCGUGUCGUGCCUCUUCGUCGCCUUCCUGCUGCUGCUGCUGGCGCUGCGCCUGCGGCGCUGGCGCCGCUCGCAGCUGCUGCCGCCGGCCAGCGGCGCCUUGCGCGGCGUGCCGGCCUCGCACUUCGUGGGCAUCGACGGCGUCCGCGCCUUCCUGCACUCCUACUCGCACGAGGUGUCGCUCACGGCCGACUCGCGCAAGAGCCAGCGGCGCUGGGCGGCCGACAGCUGCUGCAACACGCUCCCGGCGCGGCCGCCGCCCGACAAGGCCGCGCCGCUGCUCGGGGAAGACGCUGCCGGCGCCCGCGGCGCACCGCCCGACGCCCUCCCGGUGAGUCAGUCGCUCCGGACACCCCGACGCCCUCCGUCUCGGCGCUUGCCUCCCUUCCUGCUCCUUGCCUUUCCCUCCCCACUGUCGUUCCCCUUAAAAUGUUCCUGAAUUAUAAGCCCUUAUUAGUGAUCGACAUAUAUUUAGAAGCUAAUUAUUAAGAGUGGUUGAAUUGAAUGCUUUGAAUGUAGAGUGAAGUUGAGAUCUUGGUUCUGAAUUUGAAAAGAAGGUGUGAUUAGUGGUGAUAUUCUUUGAGCAGUGGUAUGAUUUGAUUGUGAAUGGAAAUUACUGUAGCAUAUAUUAUGUUUGAUUUUAUAAUUUCGACCAUGCCUGCAGCAUUUUUGCACCAUUUGAUCCUGGUUUUGCUUUCCUCAA